AUGCCUCGAAUCAAGUACCCUCCUACUCCUAGCACCUCGACCGGUCCUGUUGCGCAAGACAAGCAGACGGACAUGGAAGGUACAUUUGCUCUGCCGCCAGCAGCCAUUAAUCGACGUUCACCUCCCACAUCGCCUGUCAUACAACGCAAGCGGACGCUCUCGGGGAGUACUAAGAACAAGGAAGAACUACCACCUCCGCCCAGUCGAGCGAGAAAGAUUAUCCAGAUGAAGCCAAAGGAGGAUGCGCAGUCAGCUCCUGCAACAGGCACGGCAGGAACAACCUCAACCAAGCCGACCUCGCCUACGUCGAAAAGAAAACAGCCUUCCGCUACCUCAGCUGCUGGAAGAAAGAUUGCACGCAAGACUGCUCAUUCAAUUAUCGAGCGAAGGCGUCGUUCGAAAAUGAAUGAGGAGUUUGGUGUGCUAAAGGACAUGAUACCCGCAUGCAAAGGUGUUGAAAUGCACAAACUUGCCAUACUACAAGCCGGCAUUGAGUACGUGAAGUACCUCCAGGGCUGCGUCGACAAGCUACAAGGCGAUCGCAAAGGCAUGCCAAUACUUGAACCACUACCAACCCCUCGUCUUGCUGUAGAAGAUGAAGAAAGCGAAGACGACGAAGACAUGGAAGAGACAUUCGGCGAAGCCACAACUCCAUCCGCCUCACCACGUCAAGCUCCUAAUCACUCAGAGUUCGAGUAUCGACGCGCCUCGACUACCACACCCGCGUCAGCGAGCACAAACGCAUCUCCCGCCUUACGACCCAACACCUCCAGCUCCAGCCUAGCAAGCCAAAGACAACUACCGCCACUAGUCUCAAAAACAUACUCUACAUCCCCUCCCCCAAUCACAGCACAAACACCCCUACAAACAGGCAUAAGUCCGGCCUUCAACGCCAUCCACUUCAACCCCGACCUGAGCCGGACAUACUCCAACCAAUUAGGCUGUCUCAGCCCGAACAUCCUCCCAUUACCCAAAGCCGCGAUGCCUAUGGGUGCACCUCCACCAGGAUUCUCACCAUCCAUUGGAGCAGGCCAGCAUAUCCAAGAAGGUCACGCUGAAGCAACUGCUACUGCCGCGUUGAUGAUGUUGACUAACGAUCGGAGAUCGAUGGCUGAUCGAGGGGGUGUUGAAAGGGUCAAGGGGGGUGGUAUGAGUGUCAGGGAUUUACUGAGUCACUAA